AUAAAAUAAAAAAGUAAAUUUGGCUGCAGGUGCAGGAAGCAAAAUUGUGAACUGUGUGUAGUGUUUAGUAUCAAUUUUGUGUUGAAUCCGAGAUUUUGAUUUGUGAGUAAGAAAACUCUCUUCCUCAAACCCAAAACCCUUUCCGUUUGGAUGGAUUUCCAAGUAGUGGUUCUCGCCGGUGGCGUUUCCAAAAAACUCCUCCCCCUCGUUUCGCAUGAGCUUCCCAACGCUUUACUUCCGGUCGCUAACCGUCCCGUUCUCUCUUACGUUGUGGAGCUUUUGGAGCUUAGCAAUCUUAAAGAUCUUAUCGUCGUUGUUGAAGGUAAAGAUACUGCUCUUAACGUUGGUGCUUGGAUUUCUGGAGCUUAUGCUGAUCGCCUCCAUGUCGAGGUUGCUGCCGUUCCUGAGGAUGUGGGAACAGCUGGUGCAAUUCGAGCAAUUGCACGCCACCUAUACGCAAAAGAUAUUCUGAUUGUUAGCGGUGAUCUUGUUUCUGAUGUGCCGAUUGGCGCUGUUGCUGCUACUCAUCGACGACACGAUGCAGUUGUCACUGCUUUGCUUUGUAAUACUCCUGUAAGUGGACCUUUGGAGUCAGUGUCCUCUGGUGGGAAAGACAAAGCCAAGAAACCUGGCCGCUAUGAUUUGAUAGGGCUGGACCCCACAAAACAGUUUUUACUUCACAUUGCAACUGGAGCUGAAGUUGAAAAAGAUCUUCGGAUUCAGAAGAGCAUACUUCGUUCUGUUGGCCAGGUAGAAAUAAGAGCUGAUCUAAUGGAUGCCCACUUGUAUGCGUUCAAAAGAUCAGUUCUACUAGAAGUUCUAGAUCAGAAUGGUGAAUUUCAUAGCUUAAAGCAUGAUGUAUUGCCAUAUCUUGUCCGCAGUCAACUGAAAUCGGAAGUAUUAUUAAAUGGUACGCCACAAGCAGAAGAAAAUGGAACUGAGAAGGUUAUUUCUCAAAGCAAUCAACAAAUGCUAUCUCAAAUACUUGCUAAUGCAUCUGAGCCCACCUUUCAUUUACGACAUGAACUUAGUACUAAUGGUUCUGAUUCUGUUCGAAGAACCCAUAAAUGUUGUGUCUAUAUUGCUGGAAGCAACAAAUAUUGUGCUCGCCUGAAUUCUUUACAAGCAUACAAUGAUAUAAACCGGGAUGUGAUAGGCGAAGCUAGUCAUUUGUCAGGGUAUUCAUUCUCUUCUCAUAACAACAUCAUCGAUCCUACCGCAGAGCUUGGAGCAAAAACAACAGUAGGGCCGCAUUGUAUGCUGGGGGAAGGUUCACAGAUGGGUGACAAAUGCAGUGUCAAACGGUCUGUCAUUGGCCGCCACUGUAGGAUAGGUGCCAAUGUUAAGGUUGUUAAUUCCGUAGUUAUGAAUCAUGUUACUAUUGGUGACGGCUGUUCAAUACAAGGUUCUGUCAUCUGCAGCAACGUACAGCUCCAAGAACGUGCCACACUAAAAGACUGCCAAGUCGGAGCAGGUUACAUGGUCACUGCCGGUAGUGACUGCAAAGGGGAGGUAUUGACUAAGAAAUGAUACUGAGAUGUGAUAAUCCAAGAGAGCGGAAGGCAUAGCUGCAAUUUGAGUUUUAGAGUAAAUUUUGUGUUUUUUGCUGUCCAUAGUUACGAUUUGGAGAUCAUGGCAGGAGGAGCAAAGAAAUUUGAAUGUUUUCAAUCAAUAGUUUGACUUCUGUAUUUCUGUCAUUUGCAUUUUUAAUCUCUUAUAACUACAGUUUGAAAAUGGCUUCCAUUGGUGUUGAGUUUUUUGCCUCUGUAUAAAUGACUACCCAUAGUUUCCUCAUAUUUCUGCCAUUGAAAUGUAUGUUGCAAGGGACUAGGCUGUUGGUAUCAUAUUGCUACACUAAAGUGGUAUGAUCCUGCGCAAUCAGUUUUGUUAUUGAUCAAAGGAGUAUCAUAUUGACAAUUUUUACUCUGUUU